CGGCGGGUGCGAGGGGAAGGGAAGGCUCCACUCCCUGUCCCCGGACCUUUCGGGAGCCGGGAGGAGCCGAGCCAGGCCGGGAGGAGCCGGGCAACGGGAAUAAGGAUGCUGUUCCCCCUGCCCCUGAGGGUGGCCUGCAGUCUGCUGGGCUGGUUCUCCCUCUACAAGUGGUUCUGCCACCGCUACAGGCACCGGAAUUCCGAGUGGAGCUGCAGGCUGGUCACCCUGACCCAUGGCAUCCUUGCCACCUGUCUCUCUGCUUACAUUGGCUUCAUUGAUGGGCCCUGGCCUCUGAGUCACCCAGGGUCGCCCAACACAACCCUUCAGGUGCACGGGCUGUGCCUUAGCCUGGGCUACUUCCUCUUCGACCUGUGCUGGUGCGUGUACUUCCAGACGGAGGGUGCCCUGAUGCUGGCCCACCACCUGGUGAGCAUCGUGGGCAUCGCGGCCUCGCUGGCCCUGGGCGAGUCGGCCGCCGACGUCAACGCCGUCAUCUUCGGCAGCGAGAUCACCAACCCGCUGCUGCAGGCCCGCUGGUUCCUCAAGGAGACGGGCUCCUACCACACCCUGGCGGGCGACCUGGUGGAUUUCUGCUUCGUGCUCCUGUUCACCGGCGUGCGCAUCGGGAUGGGCGCCUGGCUGAUGUACUGCGAGCUGGCCUCGCCCCGGCCCCGCUGGUACAUCAAGCUGGGGGGGGUGGUCAUGUACGCCGUGUCCUGGGUGUUCAUGCUCAGCAUCUGCCGCUUCGCCAGGAGGAAGAGUGUGAAGAAGUACCGGGCGUGGAGGAGCCGGAGGGGCGGCGAGCUGGGCCUGAAAACCAACGGGCACCUGAAGACCCACUGAGGGGGGUGCUGAGGAGGGAAUUCCUCGAGUUCACGGCACCUGGAGAGGGGGAAAUACCGUGCCUGAGGUCGGGAGAGGAGCCAGCACACGUUAGCAGUCCUGGAGACAGAUUCAUCCCUGGUGCAGCUCCACUGAAAUCCGUGGGGCUGUGCCA